ACACACACACACACACACACACACUGGAAUAUAAUAUAUAUAUGAUAAGAAUAUUGGAGAAAACUGGGUAUUGAAACUUGCUUAACCUAAAUCAUAUAUCCCAGUUUCCAGCGGCCCUUUAAAGUACGCUUCACGCAGAGUAUAUGCAGUCAGAAGUUGAGCUGGCUAAGAAAACACCACCAAGAGCGUAGGGAAUUAUCUCCCUUAUGUGAAACCCCUUACUAGCUUCACACUUGUAAAAGUAUGCAGAUGAAAAUACAAACGGUUGGGUUUCUUUAACUGAAAAACAAACUGACUCUAAAUAGACUUUUAACUAAAGAUAAAUGCUUUCUCCCACAUUCCAAACCUCCCACAAACCUCCCAAGAAUUAACAGCAAACUAGCAUUAUAACUAAGCAACUCUCAUACUAAGAUUCAACUGAGGAAUCUCUUAAACUGAGAACAACUGAGAGAGUGAUCUACUUAGAGAUGAAUCAAACUGAAAGAUCUAACUAAGAGAUGCAGAAGGCUUUCUGGCAGAGCCUUAUAUACAAGAAGCAGAGCCCACGCCUGUGAGCAAUUAACAGAAACACAGACACCUGUUUCUCUUAAACAGACAGUAUUUACAUUAGACCGGCUCUAAAAUAACUUGACUAUUCAAAAAAUCCAACAACAUAUACCGAGGUAUUUUGUUAUUUCUCCUCCCAGUUCUCUCCCCCAUUCACAAAAAAGAAAUGCAAAUAAAUAAAUAAAUAAAUAAAUAAAUAAAUAAAUAAAUAAUAAAAUAUCUUAUUAAGAAAGGACCAAGACUCACACUGUGACCACAAUUUCUCUGUCUCUCUCUUAGCAAAAAUACUAAGGCUGAGUAUAUAUGCUGCUGGUCUCCUCCCACCCUUGUUCACGAGGUAGAUCUUCACUCACCUCUUCUUCCCUGGUGGUGGUGGUGCACCAUUUUGUGGUUUGUCCAAGUGCCAAAAUGUAUUGGGCUAGCUCUGAAACUACCAGGAGUUACCAGGCGGUAGCUGACCAGGUCCAUGGCUUUUGGACUGUUGGGUCCAUUCUGUCUCUUAUGCUGUUUAACAUCUAUAGGAAACUGUUGGGAGCUACUGUCUGGGGAUUUGUAGCAUGCUGUCGCCAGUAUGCUGAUGAUCUGCAGCUCUGUUUCUCCAUUUCACGGGAAUCCAGAGAGGCUGUGAAGGUGUUGGACCAAAGUCUGCAAGCAGCGAUGGACUGGAUGGGAACCAAUAAACUGAGGCUGAAUCCUGAUAAGGCAGAAGUGGUAUGGAUGCAUGGUUCCUGUGGUCUGGAAUUAGAUGUGUUACCUGCCUUGGAAGGGAUUAUUUCUCUGGAGAUAACAGUUAUCCCUACCACAAAUCAAUGUGUGAACAAGUCUAAAAUGUGGGCUUUGAUAAGUAGCAACUGCUGCACUGCUAGUACAAUGAAAUACCUACUCAAUAUUCUUCUGGGUUCACUCAUUAUAAUAUAUCCCCAUUCUCUGUGUUAAACCAUUGCUACCGUACAUAUAUUUUCUGCCUCAAUGUAGUUCCUUGAAAUGUCAGGAACUGCUGGUUUAUUAAGGUCUCCAUAACACACUAGGAUAAGGUAGAAAUAAGGUAUCCAUCUCUAUAUCUUAUCUACAUAUUUCAUAAUACUUUGCUUCUAUGCAGUUCUCAGAACUGUUUGCAUGUUGAUCUACAUUCAUGUAGCUGGUUGGUAGGUGAGGCCUUUUUUUAAUAAAUCAUUUUUAUUAAAUUUUCCAUUUUAACACUCCAAUCAAAUCACAUCAAAUAUUCCACAUUAUACAGGUACAUAUCAAAUAAUCCAAAUAUUCUGCCAAAUUAUAUAUAUAUAUAUAUAUAAAGGACUUCCCAUGAUUCAAGACUUCGGAGGGCUCUGAUCAACAUCAUAGUCCUACUGCAUUUCAUAAUCUUCCGGUAAUUCUUAUUUCUCUUUCUGUUGUUAUCCUUCCUUCAUCACAGCCUCUGAAUUGUUCCCACAAGCGAGUUAAAACAAGCAAUAAUAUGUUUCUGUGUGGAUUUUAUGUACAUGAUUCCCUUCAAUAAGUUCGCAGUAUCUCCUCAUGCUGGUAUUUCUGCCAAGUCAGUCAAGGUCUUUCCACUACGAGCAGAAGCCAUCUUCACACAGUUCCGAUGAAUUCCAAUCUAAGCGUCUGCUCAAUAAUUUCCCCAAACCAGUUGCAUCAAACCUAGUCUUUCCAGGGGAGAUUUACCGAAUCAGACUGGAGGUACAAAUAUAACAAUAUAUUAAUGGCUCGCCUCCCCUAUGACUAUUUAUAAUUCCGCAACCCGGUUUGUUUCCAACAUGGCGGAUUUCCAAUUUUCAACUGCGACACUACUGAUAAAGGUUCCAGGAAGCCGUCCAAACUUUUUAUCAAAAAUCCAGCAGCUAGUGAGACCUGCUUCUGUCUGAUGUUGACAAAAGGGAAUCUUUAAACCUCUUCCAAGCAAAUCACAGAUCCAAAGUCUUAAUUAUAUUAUAUUUUCAUUUCCACACAGUUUAUACUUUUAAAGCCAUAUUAUAUCAACGAAUACCAAACUUUACAUUUUCACUUGUUAUAAAUAUUAUAGAUGGAUUGUAGGUGGAACUUCUGGGUUUUUUUGCCAAAUAAUAUAAUAAGCAAAUAAUCAAAUAAACCCUGUGUUGCAAACUCCGAAACUUGUGACAAAAGAGGCAACACGUAGACCAUUGAAUGAUAAAGGCAUAAAUUCAUAAAUUCAUAAAGCAUAACAACAAAGCAUGGUGCAAAACCACAAUGUAUUAUUUAGAAUAAGAUCCCUAACAUCAUAAUCUCUAUAAACAAAGCGAGUACUAUAGUCUCUUAAUAGUAACUGAAAUAAUGUUCAUCUGGCAAUGCAGUCUUUGAAAUGCCUGUUGAUGCCUGUUGAUGCACAUGAACUGGUGCCAAGGUGAUCGUAUUUCAGUUACUAAAUCUGCACACGUUUCUGCAGAAUUUCAAACAUUUGGCAUAGAGACUGAGGAAACACAUGAUAGAAGUACCUUGGAUCUGUUGGGAGAAACUGAGAAAAUUCCAGAGUGGAAAAUUUUCCCUCUCCAUAUCCUGAAAAGCCUUACAUUAGGUCUGUAGGUCUAGUGACUCAUCAACAAAUGAAUGAAAUCUGCAAGGCAAGUAUUGUGGCCAUUCUGGUGCUUGACUCUCCCCAUCCUAAAUUUUGUAAGAACUACACAGGCCAGUUUAACAGGGUUCUCAUGAGCUUGUAUGCAUGGCUGAUAGGCUGUUUGCCCAGUGGGUCACAGAUUGUGCAGACUCACUUGCAUAUGCUUUAUUUUCACAAUAAUCUGAUGCUCUAAAUUAAUUAUGACAUUUCUAUGAUUUGGACUGUGCUAUCAGAAAGCAUCAACUGUGCCUCAUGGAAAAGUUGACACAGACUGAAUUUUGUGGACUAGUUUCUAUAGACAGCUCUCAUUUCUACCUCUGGAUAUUUUUUAAAUCAGAAAAUGACCUACUGAUACAAAGACUUGGUUCUUUUUACCUUUUUUAUAUUAGUGCCUCUUCCUUCCUGGUAUAGAUAGAGAUGGAGCUAAAUGUAAGUCUGUUGGGAUGGAAUUCCACAGAAACAGCGAUAAUGAAUUGUUACAGGGACCCGAACUUCUCAAAAUUACCAUCAGCCAAGCCAUCACACCAUCAGCCAGGACUUUCCAGGCUGGUAGUGAUGGCGAGAGUAUUGGAAACUGUCCAUUUUCUCAGCGCCUCUUCAUGAUUCUCUGGUUAAAGGGUGUCAUAUUUAAUGUUACCACUGUGGAUUUGAAACGGAAGCCUGCAGACUUACAGAAGUUAGCUCCAGGAACAAAUCCUCCAUUUAUGACUUUUGAUGGAGAUGUGAAAAUAGAUGUGAAUAAAAUCGAGGAAUUCCUAGAAGAAAAAUUAGCACCUCCAAGAUAUCCCAAACUUGCACCAAAUCAUCUGGAAUCUUACUCUGCAGGAAAUGAUGUGUUUGCUAAAUUUUCUGCGUUCAUUAAAAAUACAAGGAAAGAUGCCAAUGAAAAUUUGGAAAAAUCAUUGCUGAAGGCUUUGAGGAAACUGAAUAACUACUUAAAUGCCCCCUUGCCUGAAGAAAUUGAUGCCUAUAGCACUGAAGAACUCACUGUUUCCACAAGGAAAUUCCUAGAUGGAGAUGAACUCACACUAGCAGACUGCAAUCUCUUGCCAAAACUACAUAUCAUCAAGGUUGUGGCAAAGAAAUACAGAAAUUUUGAAUUUCCAUCUGAAAUGACUGGAAUCUGGAGAUAUUUGAACAAUGCAUAUGUGAGAGACGAGUUCACAAAUACUUGUCCUGCAGAUCGGGAAAUAGAGUUCGCCUAUUUGGAUGUUGCAAAAAGAAUGAAAUAAAUCAAGAAUCUUAUGUUUCUAUAUAUCUUCAGUGAGCUUGAUUUUUAAAAAGAAGGAAAACCUCGAGAAUAAAAUGAAGAGCCUGCUUAACUGCAAAGUUUCAAGUUAUGAAACUGGCCAAUCCUUGUGAAGUAAUUAUUUUAUUGAUCUACUAAUUCAAGUAUAGUAUAAUUGUAUAUUUGUUGCAUUGCAGAUAUGCGCAAACGCACAUACAAAUAUAUGUAUUAUUUUUUUUGCAAUAGAACAAACUCAAAACAUUUGCAGCAAUAUUAGAAUCUAGAUUACAUAGUAAUUGCAGCUUUAAAAUUUCUAAACAAUAGUUAAAGGUAUUUCUGUAAGCAUUGAUCACCCUAUCAGGACAGAGAGAAUUAGAUGAAGUCCAUUUUUUUGUUGGUCAAUGGGAGAACACCUAUGGAUUUUAAGAAAUGUGGAUUGUACUGUUUUGAGGGGCAGUCACCUCAGGGGAAUUUGCAGUGUAUCUAGUCUACCAUGUGCCAUUUCUUGUACCUCUGCCCUUAAACCAUGGGCUUGUGGUUAUCAUACGCUUCUAGACCCCCUUCAACAUUAUGGUUGGCAUGCUGCAAAUGACUUGUUUACAUGUUGUGUUGCUUACAGCCCUAAGCUUUGUUGCAUCAGCUUCUUACUACUUAGGCUGGGACAUAUGUACAAAUGAACAAUGGCACUGCAAUGUCAGAAAACAUUCCAUUGUAGCAACAUUACAACAUCUAAAAACAGCUAUGCCAUAGCUCAAAGCUAUCCAUGAGCCAAUACUGUCCUCAAAGCUCCUACAUCUAAUUUCAGGUGCUGUGUGUGGUGAUGGUCAUUUAUUAGUGAAAGGAAGUCAGACUGGAUACUCAGAAGGGCUUAUCACAGGUUCCCUGUGAUACCCUGUACAGAUUCAGGAGCCUUAAACCCCUUUUCUAUGCCUACCACACAAGUUGCUGAUCUCCCACCUCUGAUUUCCGCUUCUCACAGGUGUCAGUGUCACAAUUUUUAUUUUAUUUCUAAGCUAUUGCCAAAUAUAUUCAGCAACUUAAGUAUUUUUUAAGCAGAAAUAGGUUGAUUCUGUCUCACAAGAUCCAUGUGACAAAAAUACAACACAACAUGUGUACAAACUGUACUCACCUGUGUAAAUAAUAGAAAGAAACAGAUUAUAUCAUAUGAAUACAAAUAAAAGGGCUGGGUCAAAUGUUGUUAAAAAAUACAUUCCAUCUUCCUGAAGUUCCAACUCUCAGCUACAAAGCUGUGGGCAAAUUCUGUGUGCUGUACCAGAUUUGCUUCUACAGGGACUGUGCAAUUCAUAGCUGUUAUUUCACCCUGCUGCUCCAAGGCUUGAAGUGUUCAAGCUUACUUGAAGUUAAUGAUGUCUUUCCUUAGUAAGGCACUCUGAAAACCAGUGGUUAAGGUCUUAGUAAGAAGUGGAUGGACAUUGCUUGACUAAUCAACACUUGAAAAUUUAAAACCCAGUUUGUGAACUGAAUGCAUUAAAAAAAAUCUCUUGUCUUCAGACAAAGUGGAACCUCCAUCAUGGUAUUGCUCUGAGAUGGCUCAUUAGUACAUGCUGCAAUCAUCAAGUGAUGAACAGGCAUGGGUAAACAUGGCCUAAAUAAAAACAUUUCCUCAGGCUAUUGAAAUGGGGCCUCUUCCUACUCUCCCCAUUAUUUUAUAAAAUUCACAAAUGCUAUUCAAUUUUGAGGAAGAGGUGGUCCCUUUCUCCUUGUUUUUGGAACAGGAUUCAUUUGGAUGUCUUUGAAAAAUAUACAUUGAUUAGCAGAAAACAUGUUUUAUUACUGUUGUGUUUCUGAAAGUUCAAAGUGUAAAGGAACAAAAGAGCCACAACAGCAGACAAAACCUACUGGAUUAUACUGUGGCUACUAGGAAUUCUCUCCACUAAAUGUAGCAGCUAUCAGUUCCUCUGUAUAGUUAUCCCCAUAUAAGAUUGGUUAAAAUGUAUAUUUGAUAAGCUGAACUUUUUUUAGAAUAGGAAAAUAUUUCAUCUCAAGAAGAUGACUACUUUUCUUACCAAUUUUACAACAGUGUGGAUUUUCUAUUUUAAAGAUAUGUUACUUCUGUACUGUAUAAUCAUGAAAGUGUACUUUGUGUAGCAUGCUUCACAUUCUUUGUGAUUAAUGUAAACAGUGUUAAAUCCUGCAUAUAUUUUUUUUCAAUCUAUAGAGUGAACCUGUUUAAAACUAUUUUACAAUACCAAGAUUAAAUGCUGGGUUUGAUUUUUUUCGUAUCCAUGAAAGAAAUAUUACUGUUCCCCCCCUCAUCUUCAGACAUCUAUAUAAUUUAAACCGCACAAAAAAAUCAUUGUAGUUGUUUAAUAUGCCUUACAAAGCUGAAAAG